GUUUGGGUUCAGUGCGCAUGCUGAAUUCUUGGGACAAAGCUUGAGACAAAACAUUAGCAGCUGGACCGAGAACUUUAUAAGAUAAUGCCAAAACAAUCUCCCAAGACAAAACCUAAUAAAGAACCUUGGGUUGGAACCUGGAGGCCCCACAAGCCAAGAGGGCCUAUAGCUGCCUUCUACAGUGGCCCUGGGCCAAAGUAUGCUCUGCCUGGACUCACAGGUGUAACUCAACACGAUCCCACUAAAUGCAAAGCACCAGUGUUCUCCUUUGGUGCACGUUACGUGGAGGUAAAAACUGACUGCUCCCCUGGACCAAAAUAUCAGAUACCCUCCAACAUCACCCAGUGGGGCAGAAAUAGCACACCGUCAUUCUCACUUGGUAGCCGCACAAAGCAGCCAGAACCUUUCCAAGCCCCUGGACCAGGCCACUACUCUCCAGAGAAAUCAGAAAAACUGAUCUUCCCCUCAGCUCCUGCUUUUCCUCUCUUUGAGAGGAGCCAAAAGGAAAUUAUUAACCAAAUACCAGGUCCAGCCACCUACACCCUGCCUCCUAUGUUGGGGCCUAAUGUGGUCUCACCUUCAGCACCUUCUUUCUCACUCUGCAGCCGCAGAAAUACGGGGAGCUUCUAUGAGGACCUACAAAAGACUCCUGGCCCAGCUGCCUACAAAGCUGUGGACCCUGGUGUCUACAGACAAAAUCCUCCACAGUACAGCAUCUCAGGACGCAAUUUUCACUCCGCUAAAACCUCAGACAAACCAGGUCCAGGAGCACAUUACCCCGAGCGGGUCACAUUAACAAAAUCAAAAGCCCCAAGCUUCACAUUCGGACUGCGCCAUUCACAAUACAUUUCACCGCUCAUUCCAAAUAUGGAUUGACA